UUUCUCUCACACCAGCAGUGGCGCCCUUUGGUUAGACAGACGGUUGUUUUUCUCUGAUCUAUAGACAGUAGAAGACAGCCGAAUGCUUUAGUUUUUGAUUAAAUAUGAUUUGGAUAUCAAUUGUUCUGCCUUGAAGUGCAUAAAUUAUGCGUCACUCGACACAGAACAGGGGAAAGGAAGAGAGGGGUCGGUCCAUUGGAGUUGUUCAUCAGUUUAUUCUGAAGCGUAAUUAUUUGUUUUGUCCAUGGCGUAUUUUUUAAUUAAAGAAGGGCACCCUAUGACUUCAUUGACAACAACAGACAAACGGAAAAGCAAAUUUAUUUGGUCAGAAAAGAAACUGGCACAUCAUAUUCUCAGUCACAGAACGACAACUAGAUCCAAAUAUGACUUUCUGAAUAUAUGUUAAUUUUGACAUCAUAACAUUUUAGCCCACUGUAUUUUCAAACCAUUAAUUCUCACUGUAGGUAACAAACAUUAUUAGAUGUGGUGAUGCAGACGGGACAUAUUAUUGGAUAGUGUGUGAGGUGGUUUGAAUGAGUAAAGCGGGACAGACGCCUUUGUCGGCAGUGGGAAGACUGUUGGGCAGAGACCGUGAGAUCAGAGGACCUUCUUCUGGACGUGACAGUGAAGGACUGCUGGCUAUGGGUGCAGCAAUGGGACCAUUACUGCUUUGGCUCCAGGAUGUGGCAGCGGUGACCCUGCUGAGAGCUCGCAGGACACUUCUAAGAGCUGCCGUCCUGUUGUGUGUCCUGGUGCUUCUCCUCUGGGUUUCCAUCUUCCUGUAUGGAAGCUUCUACUAUUCCUACAUGCCCAGCGUCAGCUUCUCCACACCAGUACACUUCUCCUACAGGACAGAUUGCGAUGCUUCAGAUUCAGUCCUCUGUUCUUUCCCCACGGCUAACAUCUCACUCUUGAAGAAUGGAAGAGACCAGGUGAUGAUGUCUGGUCAGGCCUACAGGAUCUCUCUUGAGCUGGAAAUGCCUGAAUCUCCUGUUAACGAACAGCUUGGCAUGUUCAUGGUCAAAAUGUCUUGUUAUACCACUGAUGGGAAAGUCGUUCACUCGGUGAUCCGCUCAACGAUGCUGCACUACCGCUCUUCUCUGCUGCAGACCAUGAGCACGCUGCUCUUUUCACCCCUCCUGCUCACAGGUGUGUCUGAGCAGAAACAGCUCAUCGAAGUGGAGCUCUUCCCAGAUUUCAAAUCGGACCUUUACCAACCUGCCAUUGGUGCUGUGAUCGAGGUUCAGUCUCGCAGGAUCCAGAUUUAUUCUGCCCAGCUCAGGAUCCAUGCCUACUUCACUGGCAUUAGAUACCUCCUGUAUAAUUUCCCUGUGAUGUCUGCAAUUGUUGGGGUGGCGAGUAACUUCACCUUCCUCAGUGUCAUUGUGCUCUUCAGUUACCUGCAGUUCAUCUGGGGAGGGCUUUAUCCACCUGAGCAGGUCAGAGUGAGGGUGAUGAUGGGAGACUCGACACGUCUUCAGCAGAGGAGGGAAGAAGCACGUAAACGCAUGCACUCAUCCGCCAGCACUCCUAUCAUUACGUAUGGAAGAGACGGCAGUGAGCUGGCAGAUCCACCACAACAACCCAAACAAACAGUUCAAAACAAAGGUGAUUUGGACACUCCUAGUGUGAUCGGGACAGAAGAGCUGAACCAGCUGCAAGAGGAUGAAGCUGCUCAUCCAACACGAGCUGCAGUGCAGAGUCGUAUGUAGUGCAGCAGGAAUCAAAGUUCAAGUGACGAGAUGACUGACCAGACCAUGGCGGACGAUUCGUUGCACAACAGAGCCCAAGCGUCUGACAAAUGUCUUAUCCUGUAGAAUGCGCGCUCAGCACCGCCGCUCUCUAUUCACAGAGUACACACAAUCGCAAAAUUGAAAGUAAAACGUGAGCACGCAUUCAAAUGCGAUUUCAAUACCCCACAUUUUGAAAGCGGCUCCCUGAUGCAUGCAAAUAUCGCCCAAUAUGAAAGCUAUCUUUGGCUGGGCUGUGUAGUUGUAACCUUUUGUUAGCUCUGUAUAAUGCUUGAAGAAAACUUUGGUCUCUAUUUGAUGACUUUGAUUAUGGUUGCACUUAUUGUUUGCACUUAAUAAGACCUAGAAAAAACGUGUUAUUUUUAUUUAUACUGUUUUUAUUUCUAUGAUCAAUUUGUGGAAAGGAGUUCAGUUAGGAGGUCAAAAGUUGCAGAAGCUCAUAAAUCAUUCUAACUUCUAAGGUCUGAAGAGACUCAUAUAAAAUCAUACAGGAGAGAAGCCAGUCAGUUGAGUUUGUGGCAAAAACUUUUACAGUGUUUGAGUAUUGUUAAAACAUUUCAAAUGCACCUGCAAACAAUUUUUCUAGUCAUGUAUUUUGUCAUUGAGGAUUUCUUAAAAAAAACUGUAAAAAUUGUCUCGUUCUCUUGAACUCAAUCUCGUGUCUUGACUCAUAAGCUAACUGUCUUGUCACACCCCUAAAUUUAACUAUCUUCUAUCUUAAUAUAUAUUAAAAUGUAAACUUAAGGAUGAUCCAAGGCACUCGAAUCAUGUAGAGAGAACUUUUUUUAAAAGCCUUUAUUUCAUCUUGGCUAAAUCUUAAAAACAGGUGACACAUACACAGACUGCACACCUACGCGUUGCGGCUGGUUUUGCCUUCGUCAGGGUGUGAGUAACAGACAGAGUUCAACAGAGUUCAUUUUGAGCAGCGAUUAAUUAGUCUAAUGACAAUCACCUGGUUGUGCUACACAGGAC